AUGAUGUCAGGUCAGCUAAAGCCUCCGUACUUCCCGUCUGCCCACGCUGUAUGCAAAAUUACUAGCAGGUCUGUCUAUCUACUUACUUCGCUGCUGGACAGUAAUAGACCUGCUUGUUUAGAAUGGAUGGCUGGUUGUAGUGUGUAUUUAAUUGCUAACUAUUUACUAAUAAUACAAUUGUUUCAUGAAUAUCAAAUUAGUUAUGUAUGUAUGCUGGAGUGA